AUGUCACAAGCCUUUUCAUUUGUCCUGGAGUGGGAUACAGGUGUGGCCCUGGAGAGUAGGAUACAGGUGUGGUCCUGGGGAGUGGGAUACGGGUGUGGGCCUGGAGAGUGGGAUACGGAUAUCUGUCGUCGGUUUUCCUUACCUUGCACACCUGGCGAUCGCUUGGCGGACCCUUCUACAUGCAGACAGUACUAUGAGUGUGGUCACGAUGGUCUUUACCUCAUGAAGAGGGAAUGUCCACCGACGACAGGGUACGACUACCAAAGAGGGGGUUGCCGGCGAGUGGUUGACUUUCAGUGUGUCUCCCCCGUGAAGUGUCCUACGAAUAUCUGGGGAGAAAGUGAUAAAAGCAAGCAGACUGAUAAUUUUCCGACAGAGCUUGUUAUAGGAGGCACCCUUGGGUCACUGUCUCUGCUCACUAUAUUCCUACUCGUCGUAGCCUGUAUCCGAAAAUGGAGGAUCGAAAAUGAAAGCCGAAGACUCCGCAAGAUGCGCCGAACACUACGGAGCCACCGUUUACCGCCUGUACUGGACAACCCCCAUUUUCUACACAUGGACAAGGUGACGUCUAUUUACCAGAAACUAAAUGAUAAU